UCAAUUUGCUGGAUGGAUCCACGUGGGUACUUUUUCCGGUCAAGUGCGCUCACUGAGGGUUAAGUAAGCUGUCAGAGCUCUUUGUUGAACGUGACCCACACGUUGUCCGGUGGGUUUUUAGUGAGGAUAAACCGAAAGGUCAUUAGCAGAGAUGGACCCCAUGAAAGCGCAGCAGCUCGCCGCGGAGCUGGAGGUCGAAAUGAUGGCUGACAUGUAUAACCGAAUGACCAAUGCAUGUCACAGGAAAUGUGUUCCACCUCAUUACAAGGAGGCAGAACUUUCAAAGGGGGAAGCUGUGUGUCUGGACCGCUGUGUCGCCAAAUACUUGGACUUGCAUGAGAGACUGGGACGGAAACUCACUGAGCUCUCUGUUCAGGAUGAGGAGGUGAUGAGGAAGGCCGCUGCAGGCACUGGAUAGACCUCCUGCAGACUCUAAGGGUGGUCCUGAAGGCCUGUGGAUGGGGGUUAUGGGAGGAAUGGGCUCUGUGGAUAUUUAAGGGGGAAAUCAAGCAGCAUGGCUACCGCUAUUAACAACAUAACACAAAUAUAAACAAUAUUGUGACGAAUAUUGAUCCAUUAUUAGACAUGCCACUGAAAGAUCAAGACUUUUGGAAGAAGGUGGGAUAUAUUUUAUCCUAUGAGUCUUUGAUCGUUUGUUGGCAUGAACAUUAUUAACAUCACAGGAAUAAAGCGUUUGUCUGGGAAGGGAUAUUUGUGAAAUAUUGUGAAAUUAUGUCCUUGUGAACUUGUUUGAGACUUUUUUUUUAUGUUGUCGCUGAUCUUUGUAAUUUCUGACAUUUUACAAAGUACCUUUAUUGCGCAAUAUAAUUAAAAUAUUUACCUUUCUGUUUCUCUUCUGACUCUUUCUUUAAAAUGAGCAAAAAUUAGCAUGUUAUUAUAUACAACUGUAUUAUUUAAUAAAAUUGUGUUAGGAUGGUUACCUGAUAGUUGAGAAUGUAGUUUUUAUUUUAUUAUUAUAUGUUUAAGGAGGAUUAAUUUAAAGUUUCCACUUUUAACAACAACCAAUGGACUGUCAGUAUGCUAAAAAAUUGUGUCAGUAAAUUCAUCUUUUUAAGGAACCACUUAUGUAAUAAAUUCUGUUUUCAACGAGACGUUUCCUGUUCGGUUUUGGUCAGUAUAGGUCACCUGCACCAUAAACUGACAUUUGUAUGGAAAACA